UUGGUUUCUCAUCGUCGGCCAGCCGCCAGCGCCCAGCCGUCGCGCGCGGCGUCAGCGAUUCCAUUAUGUAUACGGUGCGUGUCUGCUUAUGACCAAAACCAAAUCAGAACCAUGACCAGAACCACGAUUAGAACCUCCGUGAGAGAACCUGUAUAAUAGGCGGUAUCUAGGCGGUAUCAAUCACAAUUCUGCACAAUUCGAUCAAUGCGAUACCAAAGACGAGUCGAACAAUCGAAGAAUCGAAAGUCAGUCGUCAUCGGUCAAUUUCCAAGUUUUUAACACGUGCAACUGUUGAAUAUGUCAACAGCUGAUGGUAAACGAGUUUUAAUCACACCGUCGUCGGUACCUAAUACAAUGCCUGUGUAUUUAAAAACCGAUGAUUACGCUCAUGGAACUGUAGAGACAGCAGGAGUGCCAGGAACAGGUAGAAUUCGAAGUAAUGGUGCGUGUCCAGCUGAAUUGGUAUUAAAAAUUCGUAUUGCUGAUGGCAUCGAUCCUGAUUUCAUUGAGGUUGAAUUACCACAAACUGAUUUAACAUAUCAGACGUUGAUUCACGUAUGUUGCCAGGAACUUAACGUCGAUCCUAGUCAUAUUGUUAAAUUGAGAAAACUGCCCAACACCAGACUGAGGAAAGACGAUGAUGUUCGAAGACUUGGAAAUUUCCAAGAAAUAGAGGUGGUCACCAAUCCCACCAACGUCUAUAAAUAUACGCAAAGUACAAACGGUAGCACAAACAGCAUUCCAGCAACACCGGUGAACGGAUAUCAAAGUAUAUCCAAAAAGGAUCAGACUAUUUUGUAUUAAUUUAAUUUUCCUUCUUUUUUUUCCAUCUUCUCGUCUGUUCUUAUUCAUCAUGAUCGUGACGAACAUUCGAUACAAAUGCAGUACCAUAGUGCUGCCAGUGAACGUAUAAUAGAGUAUAAGACGAUGAUGCAAUAAUUACAAAUGUUAAAUGGUUAGGGUAAUGUGGUUAGUAAUAAGUAGAACAAUGAUUUUUCGACGUUGUUUACUAGAGUCACAGAAAGAAAAUAAUAGAAAGCUUAAUUAUU